GGCGGCACCUUCACAAUUAGUAACGGUGGCGUGUUUGGCUCACUGAUGGAAACUCCAAUCAUCAAUCCACCACAAAGUGCGAUCUUGGGUCUGCACGGCAUCUUUGACAGACCGGUCGCAAUCAAAAGACAAGUUGUCAUUCGUCCAAUGAUGUACAUUGCUCUUACUUAUGACCAUCGUUUGGUUGAUGGACGAGAAGCUGUAAUUUUCCUACGCAAAAUUAAAGCAAGUGUCGAAGAUCCACGAAUCAUUUUAGCUGGUCUCUAAGCUAAGUCUAUUUCCUCGUCCAUUAAUUUUCUUCUUUCGAUUGUGUCAAACUGCUGGAAAUUAAUAUGCACACACAUUCAUAUCCAAAAUGUGGCUUCUUCCCACGAUAGCAACAAAUAAUAAAACAACAACAACAACAACACAAGUGAAUAAUGCGUCGUUUUAGAAAUAUAAAUCAAAUUGUACCAGGACAACAAACGAAUACAACUCUCAUUAGAGGCGAUUUUGGAUUGUAAAACAUCUACUCACAUUUCAUUGUUUGCGUAAUAUUCGAAAAUUAUUUUAUUUGCAAGAGUCUUGUAACUAAAUGUAAUGAAUGUUUAAAAAAAUAAAUAAAAAAAGUCUAAAAUUAAAG